AUGCGCGUCUAUGCAGAGUACUUUAACAAAAAGCUAAAGCGAGCAUACACGGAGAAAGCGCCCACAGAAGGCAGCGCCAGCGCGCCCCCGGUCCUGCUGGAGAUGGACUGCAACAGAUGGAUCAAAACAACGUCUCAGAGAACGCAGAUCAUAUACCGGGCCGACGCGUCAAUUAUACUCUACCACAUGGCGCUCUGCAGAAAGGCCCGGGUCAUAGAGUCAGGCACCGGCACGCUUGGCCUGACAUACGUGCUGAGCAGGUACUUUUCCGAGGGGCGUGUCGACACUGUGGAGUGCAAUGCGGGCCGGUUUGCAGCUGCCGAGGCUGACGUGCAGAGGGCGGGCCUUUCCAACGUAAAAACGCACUUUGGCACAGUGCAGGAGUAUCUCCAGCGCAGGAUAGACGCGAAGGAAAGCCCUGCCGACGGGCUGGUGCUCGACGUGCCAGAGCCGGAAGGCGCUCUCAAGGCGGCCUCCUGCGCAGUGCGCCCAGGAGGGGUGGUGGUGUGCUUUGUCCCGUGCAUCGAGCAGAUACAGCGCAUCAUGCAGGCUGUGCAGGAGAUUCCAGCGAUGCGCAUAGACAGGCUCCUGGAGAACGUUGAGAUUCUGCACCGGCCAGCCACCAUCCAGACGGCGCCAGCAAAGGUUUACGGAACAAAGCCCGACGACUUGAACCGCGGGCACACAGGAUACAUCAUGCUGCUAAGGCUUUCCCAUGAAAGCCCGGCGUGUGUCUAG